AGCUUCCUAUGCAUCAACACAUACCCUAUUGAUAUACACAAUUACUACUCAGCCUCUAGCGUAGCUGGAGUCACCAUUAUUCGCUCUGUACUAGGAGCGAUCUUUCCACUGUUUGGCCUACAGGUGUAUGGUUCUCUUGACUUUGGGUGGGGCAACAGCCUGUUAGGGCUUCUCUCC